AUGGUACGCGACUGUUUCUUCCAUAUUUUGAGAUUCCUGCAUUUUGAGAAUAAUGAAGCUCCUCCAAAUCGAGAUGACCCAGAGUACGAUAGGCUCUGGAAGAUUAGAAAAAUUUUCAACAAUCUUAACAGCAAAUUUUGUGAACUUUACUAUCCAUCAGAACAUCUUGCUGUUGAUGAAGUGAUAGUGCUGUUCAAAGGGAGUGUUUUUUGGCAGUAUAUUCCAAAGAAACACAAAAGAUUUGGAAUAAAAAUUUACAAGCUUUGCGAUUCUCUGGGCAAUACAUAUGACAUGGCUGUUUAUUUGGGGAAACAAAGGAAACUUGCAACCGAAGAAAUUACAUCAACCCAUGGCAUUGUUCUCCAGCUAAUUCAAAGAGUAGAAGGCUCAGGACACAAACUUUAUAUGGACAGCUAUUUUAGUUCCCCUGCAUUGUAUGACGAUCUUCUAGAGCGUAAAAUAAAUGUGUGUGGCACCAUUUGCAAUGAGAGGCGUGGGAAUGCCNUGGUCCUCUGA